GCAGCAGGGGAUUAUGCUUUAAUCAGAGCCUGUAUGGGAAUUGCUUUCAUAUAGAUUACGGGCACGGGGCGCAUCCAGGCUGGGGAGCCCCGGCCCCGCAGGCUGCCCAGCAAUCUCAGAAUCGUGGAGCGGGGAUUAGCGGGGGCACGGGGCUGCCGCGGGUGGGUGUGCACCGCCACCGCCUCAUCUGCUGCCAGUCCUUUGACCCUCGACUGGGUUUUUUCGGCUAAUCCUCUUGUGUCUCCUCUGUGCUGACUGCCUGCACCCCCAAUCCCCCUGAGUGCAAGGUUCUGGGUGCCCACGGCAUGGUUUUCUCCCCAGGGCUUGCCCCAGCCCCAUGGGUGCUGACCCAAUUUUGGACCCAUGUAAUGGGGGGUGUGCAGCCUGACCCAGUGUGUGCUGCAGUUUGAUGACUCCUUCCACCUCCCUGUCACUGUGAUGAGCAGCACCUGCUGUCCCCCCGCACUGCCACUGUCCCCUGCAAGCACCCUUGGGUGCAGCGAAGGGAAGGUCCUUCCACCCUGGCUGUGCCCUCCCCUCCUAAUGCCUUAAUCCGCCCCUGAUCCGCGGUGCCCCUGGGGCUGGGCCCACUGACCUUGCAGGCUCUGGGACCCGGUGGGCACCUUGGGGCAGGAGCUGCCACCACCACCCACCAUGGCCUCCUUCUUCACGGCCGCCCUGAAGAGCUUCCAGGGGGGCAAGGACGAGUCCCCCAAGGGGGCCCCCAAGGAUGACAAGGCAGCUGCGCUGCCCAGCAGCAUGGCCCGCGAGGAGUUUGAGGAGUACCAGCGGCAGCUGCUGGAGGAGAAGAUCGAGCGGGACAAGGCGUUUGCACAGAGGAAGGCAGAACGGGCCACGGUGCGGAUGCACCUGCGGGACAAGUACCACCUGGCCCAGGACGAGCGGGACGACGCCCAGGUGCACGUGGCCGGAGGGGCGGUGGAGCUGCCGCAGGACCUGGCAGCCAUGGUGCACAGCGAGGAGGAGGAGGAGGAUGGCAGCGCCGGGGCCUUCGCCUUCCUGGCGAGGCUGCGGCAGGUGGAGCUGCCGGCGCUGCGGGACCGCGCUCUGGGCGGCGCGGAGCAGGUCAGGGAGAAGUGCGCCCUGAUGUAGCACCGCUGCAGGCGACAAAGGCAGCCCCUGUCCCCGGGAGCCACGGGAUGCGGCGGCUCUGGGUGCCUUCACUUGGGGUGCGGGUCCCAAUACACGUUAGGCGUGGGUUUUCUUCCCCAAAACCCUUCCCAGAGUGUGCAGGGGUGCAGAAUGCCUGGGUCCCCUCCAGCCGCUAUGGUCAGGUCCCUGUCGUGGUGCUCCUGGUGUGAGCCCCCACAUGGGGCAGGUCCCUGACACCGUUACCCUCCUCACCAGCCCUGGCACCCUGCACCAUUUGGCUGAAUAAAUGCAGCAUUUACAGCAUUUGCCGGCACCAUUCUGGUCGUCCUGCCACAUCCCGCAGCCACACAGUCCCUGUCCUGGUUGGUGAGGGGACAUGAUGACAGCGCUGGAGCCGGGCUGCCCCAUGUCCCCUGAGCCACCAACCAGCUUGGCCACUGGGUCCGUCCCCCUCUUUCGCAGCGGCCCUCACUGGGACCCGGGGAUCCCCCUGGCUACCCCUUGGGGACAGCACCGGGAGCGGGUGUGGAGCAUUUACUCCCGUGUCGAGCAUCCCCUCGGUGCGGGCAGCAGGGGCAUCCCUUUGGCCGGGCCAGGCUGCCCGGCUGCCUCUUGCCCCGCCAGGGACUCUCUCCUGGGCACUCGGCAGCAGCGCUGGCUUAAAUGCCGCCUCGCCGGAAGGCCGGGGGCUGCUGAGAUCACUAAUACCUGCCUAUUUUAGCGAGGUCUAAUCUUCCUGAGUCGCCUGUCCCCGAGGACUAAGCUCGCUGAACCCGUGUAAAAUGUACAGGGCCCGGCGCUGGCCCCAGCGGCACCUCCCGCCGGAGCCGGGGCCGCCGGGAAUCACGCUGUGUGUGCAUGAAAGGAAGGACGCGCUGAGCCGCCUCCAUCCUCCCCACGCCGCUGCCAUCUGCUCCGGAAAGGCUGCGGGGCCGGCCCCGGCCGGGCUGCCCACGGCCGCGCUGGCCGGGCUCGAGGGGGCGGCCGGACCCAGCGCAGCUGGGCUGGGAGCUGUCCCCGAGCUGUC